AUGAAUAUCCAUAACAUUGCUUUCAUAAUAAGCUCCCUAAGCUGUUUAAGCUUCUUGCAGGCGGCAAAUAUUUUGGGUUUUUUCCCCUCACCCUCUAAAUCUCAUCUAAUCAUACACUCCUCUAUAGCGGAAACUUUAGCAGCAGCUGGUCAUAAUGUCACCGUUAUAGCAGCAUUUCCCAAUCUUUUACCUAAAGCCAAAUAUCAAUAUAUACAUUUAGAUGACCAUAGAGUGAAUGUUCAUCCAUUUGCUCAAUCUUUGGUGAAUAAACCAGAACCGUUUUAUAAGAAAUUUAAAACUUUAAUUGAUAUGAUAACGUCGGGCGGCAAUGGCACUAUGCAACAUCCGAAAAUGUUGAAAUUUUUAAGCACCCAUGGAAGUGGUGAUUUUGAUGUUAUUAUUUUGGGUUAUUUUAUGAAUGAUUUUAUGUUGGGUUUGGGUGCUCACUUUCAGUGUCCUAUUAUUCUAUCAUUUAUGGUUCGUUCAAUAUUUGCUAUUGAUACGAUACUAGGUAAUCCACAAUUACCGUCCUAUGUACCGACUUUAUUUGAUAAUCUACAACAGCCUAUGGAUUUUGGCGAUAGAGUGAGAAAUUUUCUGCUCACUUUAGUGGAAGGUAAUGUUAUGUUACCGUAUAUGAUGAGGAAGGUGGAUGAAAUAUAUGGGUGA